AUGCUCAAGAUCAAGGACAAUAUGACAAAUGGAUGCGACAGUGAAAGCCACACGUUCAAGGAAUGCAUCUCAGAAGCACAACGAAAGAUCGAUCUUCUUGUUAAACAAGGGGAGGGAGAAUGCGUCAAGGAUAAAUCACCGCCGACCACACCUCCGUUUGCUAUUUUGGAUGCCAUGAUUGAGCCAUAUUUUUCCUCAAUCAACCCUCACUUCCCCAUUUGGCAAAAGGAGAAAUUUAUUUGCAUGGCAACCACGUUACGACAAUCUCCAUCGUCAGAACGAGGCCUGGCGUCUCUCAUCUGCUGCAAUAACCUCAUUCUCAUGGCCAUGUCGGCAGACUCAUUGUGCUCGAAUCGUGGCGAGUCAAUGCAGAACAGACAAGGGACCAAGGUUUCGUCAAUGGAAUUUGACAUGAUUGCAGGAUUUCUUGCCAACGCAAGGAGAGCUGUUCAAAACAUUGAUCAGCUUGUCUCACCUGGCCUGAUCAAUGUUCAGGCUCUCCUAUCCCUGUACAUGGUGGCACAGGAGCAUUUUUCUAUCGGUGUAUCCGAGACGUUGUUUUCUCUCGCUGCCCGGUGCGCAAAGUUGACUGGUAUCCACCAAUGGCAAUCUUUCCAAGGCCACCUCAGCGACGAGGACAUAAUGGAGCGUCAAACCAUCUCGUACUGUUUGUACACGAUUGAUAAAGCACUGUGCUGGACAGCUGGGUUGCCUCCAAACAUACCCGCAUCGGAUAUUUAUUUCGAGUCAUACGUUGCGCCCUCCGAAGCUAGCCUUGCGUCAUCUCUCAUCGCAAAAUCUGAGCUGGCUAAGAUUGAGGAGACUAUUUACUUGGAAAUAUACGCAAACCAAGUCAAGCCUAAAAAUGAAGAUGAGAUUCGGGGUUUCGCAACCAUGAUGUUAUCGAAGCUUCAAGUCUGGCUGACGAACUCGGGAAUGGACUUUGACAUUGUUCAAACACUGCCUGAGACCUCUGCUUCUAAGCUUCAAUUAGCGAUCAGAUACCUGAAUGUUCAAUUGUUACUGAUCUGGCCCCACCAACACCACCCAGACACCAUAUUUCAACGAUGUCAAGAGGUCUCUAGAAUGUGCAUGAAACUUGUGCUAAGCCUUUGGAACUCACCACCCGACAAAGGCAAGCACGCCGUUUUCCCAUCCUUCGUUGCUUCGCUUCCUCCACUAUAUCUCUACGAAGUUCUUUCAUCCAUCCUCAGCAGCAAAGAUUCAAAGCCCGAUCUCAGCAUGAUCCAAGACUACGUCGACAUGCUUGAAACAAUCACAGAUAGCCGAUCCGACAUGUCUUACAACAGGAGGCUCUACCAACUAUCAGUUAUCGUGAAAAACGUAACAAGCGCCCGAAAGACCCAACACAAACGGCAAAAGCCAAGCCCGGAAUCAACAACAAACACAUACUCUAUCACAGACCUCCUCUCCCCUCUUGGAAGUCGUUACAGCUACAUGGGGUCAAAAGCCCAAGAAAUUGGCAAUUCAGGGUUUGAUAGUUCUGUGUUCCAAGACCUAGAUACCUCAUUUACUUUCCUGAGUCCGCUUAAUUCUACAACUGGAGAGCUGGCUCCGGGCCCAUAUGAGUUUAUGCCGCACUUGGGGUCCUUUUGUUAA